CGCCGGUGUCUCCCUGGAUGCGCAAGACGCCAUUUUGGAGUGACAGUGAAAGAGAACGGAAAGAUCGAGAAGCUGUCUUUCUAGAGCUUCGCCACCAUGGGGAAUGUAUUUGCAAGCUUAUUCAAGGGCCUGUUUGGCAAAAAAGAGAUGAGAAUUCUAAUGGUGGGGCUUGACGCUGCUGGAAAAACAACCAUCUUAUAUAAACUGAAACUCGGAGAGAUAGUCACUACCAUUCCCACCAUCGGUUUUAAUGUUGAAACUGUAGAAUACAAGAACAUCAGCUUCACAGUGUGGGACGUGGGCGGUCAAGACAAAAUCAGGCCGCUGUGGCGCCACUACUUCCAGAACACUCAAGGGCUUAUCUUUGUGGUGGACAGCAAUGACAGGGAGAGAGUGAACGAGGCGAGGGAGGAGCUGUCCAGAAUGCUUGCUGAAGAUGAGCUCAGAGAUGCAGUGCUGCUUGUUUUUGCAAAUAAACAGGAUCUCCCCAAUGCUAUGAAUGCUGCAGAGAUCACAGACAAGCUGGGCUUGCAUGCACUCCGUCAGCGCAACUGGUACAUCCAGGCCACCUGCGCCACCAGUGGAGAUGGCUUGUAUGAGGGCCUGGACUGGCUCUCCAACCAGCUGAAGAGUCAGAAAUGAUCCAUUCCACCAGUUUUGAUUUUUGUUUGUUGUUUAUUUUUCUGUUUCAAACACAGUGGCAGCACCGGAUCCAGGCCCCUACGCUCCCACCUUACCUAAUUUUCAACCCCAGCUCUUUCUUUCAAGAACAUCCUUCAUUCCCUACCUACUUCCUUCUGCUUUCUCCCCUCGUCCCUCGUCAGUACUCUUGGGGCUCUAGCCUGUGCUGCUUGUGUGUGUGGGCGUGGGUGUGCGUGUGUACCUUGUGUGUUCAGCGAGUGCGUGUGGGUGUGAAGGCGUCUCUGUGUAUGUUGGCUGGGAUUGGGAGUAACCCUGGCGUGCCUUUUACACACCUCCUGUGGAAUCAGCAGUCUGGUUUUCAAGCCCCUCCAUCCACCAAACUCAGUUCCUCGCUCAGCCUACCCCCACUCUCAGUCUUGCACGACCCCCUUCUCCCCACCCUUACUCUCCAGAGGAAGCAUGGUUUUCAUAAGGCAAAGAAAGAGCAAGGGUGCAAGCUCUCCUCCUCCCUCUCUGUAGUAUAUUAUCUAUGUUAACUAGAAGUGUUCACCCAAUGUAGAUUGAAUGCUAGAUGUUCAUUUUAACCUCUUUGAUUUUGAAACCUCAGCCCACCAGUAAGAGAUUCAGUAAAUUGCAUCUUAACCUGUAUCAGGUCGAAGCAAAUCAAAAAAAAAAAAAAAGGAGAAAAAACAACGCCCAUCCUCGAUCAUUCUGGUGUCAUCUGAAAAUCAUGCUGCUUGUUUUAUUAUUAUAUUGGAAUAUAACAUUAUUCUUAUCAAUGGUUCUCCAAUGAACACUACCUUUCUCCCCCACUGAGACCGUGAAGCACAAGGCAAGCCAACAACAAUCUUUCGGUGAAUUUGAAAAAAAGUCAACUUGAAAUCUAUAUUAAAAUUAGAAUCUCAAAACAUAUGCAAGUUCUGUCAUUUCUGUUUUUGGUAGUUGGUGUUUAAUUCCCUGCAUUAAUUGGAUUUUGUGAAGACCUCAAGUAUAAUUAAUCAUACUGACAGUGUUCCUACUUUAUGUAGGUCAAGAAAAGGUGUUGGGCAUUUCACAAACAUGAUUUCCACUAGUUAUCCAAGACAGGUUUCCUGAUACAUUCAUAAGCUUCACAUGUUAUUCCGUUACGAUGUUACAUGUGUUUUUUUUUCUGUGACUAGUUAUAGCAUUUCUAUUUGUACGUUGACUGCUGAACCAAAUGCAUUUGAGCAGUAUGACAAAUCCUGUAAGUGAAAGUAGUGUAUCCUCGAGGGCCUCAACUGCAUUUAACUUUUGACUUAAGCGAUUUAUUUUUUUUUUUUGCCACAAACUGUCGUUUUACAUUGACAACAAAAUCCGAAAGCAUCCAGCUGUCUAAUAUCCUGGUUGAGAUGAAGGAAUGGCACCAAAUAUGAAGGCUCUUAAACUGUGAACAGUCCAGACAUACGAAGAAAGGAAAACAUGUUUGAUGUCUGAGCGUUCGCGGCCUACUACACUGCAUAUUUCAUGAUGUGAUUACUUAAGACCAACAACACAAGUACUCAUUGCAGUACCUCAUCUGUGCGCUGGAAGAACUGGUAGUAGACCUGUAAAGGGGAAUGGGUGUGCAGUUAACUGGUCGUGAGUUUCAGCAGGCGUCCUCAGUGUUGAACCAUGGGGGUUAAACUGGCACUUCUGUCAAGGAUGAUUGUAAAUCUGUAAGUUCCCCUGUAAACUGUUUCUGUGGGGAUUUCCUGAACACAUUAAUAAACAUGAUUUGAUCCAA